UCGACGGUGGGACAACCUAUAUUCGCUGGGGUAAAACAACAUGCCCGACGAGUGCCACCUUGGUCUACGAUGGGAUGGCAGCAGGCGCGCACUACACCCAUGCGGGCGGCGGGGCGAACUACCUGUGUCUUCCUAAAGACCCGGAGUGGGGGAACCACCAGGACGGAUUCAGCGGGACCAACUCGUAUCUGUACGGCGCAGAGUAUGAGACUCACAACCAGCCACCCUUCGUCGGUAGCGGCCUUCACGACCACGAUGUGCCCUGUGCGGUGUGCCACGUGUCCGGCCGCAGCGCCCACCUCAUGAUCCCGGGCCGCAAGACCUGCAAGGGCGACGGCUGGGUAGCCGAGUACAGCGGCUACCUCAUGGCAGAGUACCACGGUCACCCCCGCACGGAGUGGGUCUGCAUGGACAGCGAGCCGGAGAAGGGGGGUACACCCGUCAACCAGAACGGCGCGCUGUUCUAUACAGUGGAAGGGAGGUGCGGUGUCCUGGAGUGUCCUCCGUACGUGGAUGGACGAGAGAUCACCUGUGUCGUCUGCACUAAGUAGUGCUAACGUCACAUUUGCACAAGGGGACCCCGGCCGGGCAGUUUUGGGGAACGGAAGUACGAUAUAAAAGACAACAAAAACUUUUUUUUCUUUUGUAUCGUACUUUUCGUUCCCUAAAGCUACCCAGCUGGGCCCCGGUUUUCGGAAUGUGACGUAGGCCUAAACGGGCACCGCUGGCUCAUCAUGUUGGAUUAUGACGUAGUUUUCUUCCCUUUUCUCUUCUUGCCACGCCUUGUUCUCACUGACUAGAGCUUGUGUAUUCUAGAAAAAUCUGAAUAAAAGUCUUGCAAAUUAAAUAAAUGCA